AUGGAAGGUCAAGGUAACCACGGCCCUGACGAGAAGCCGAAGAGCGAGGGACAGCACAUUAAUCUCAAAGUCAAGAGCCAGGACGGAAACGAGGUAUUUUUCAAGAUCAGGUCCACUUCUACGUUCAAGAAGUUGAUGCAGACAUAUUGUGACCGUCAGUCGAUUGACAUGAACGCCAUCGCAUUUCUUUUCGACGGCAGACGAUUACGACCUGACCAGACUCCUUCCGAACUGGAAAUGGAGGAUGGGGACGAGAUUGACGCCAUGCUUCACCAAACAGGAGAAGCCGAAGGAUUGGUCUCGCCUAAUUCAUCUACCAGCCGCCAAUCGCGGUCACAUCCUUCGUGGAUCUCGAGGCUCUUUCCCUGUAGCUACGCCACGAUGGCGAAGGCAGGCGUCGUUUCCGUUUUGAUUCUUGCCGUCGUUCUCCUUGCCGUAAACGUGGAGGCUAAGGUUAAGACGGCAGCCAAGGAGGAGGUCACCCACAAGGUAUUCUUCGAUGUGGAGAUCAACGGCCAGAAAGCAGGCCGUAUUGUGAUCGGUCUUUUUGGCAACGCUGUUCCUAAAACUGUCGAAAACUUCCGAGCUCUUUGCACUGGCGAGAAGGGCAUUGGAAAGAGCGGCAAGCCUCUGCACUACAAGGGUUCCAAGUUCCACCGGAUCAUCCCUCAGUUCAUGCUGCAGGGUGGUGACUUUACUCUUGGGGAUGGCCGCGGUGGUGAGUCCAUUUAUGGCGAGAAAUUCGCUGACGAGAACUUCAAGCUGAAGCACACUGGCCCUGGCAUUGUGAGCAUGGCCAAUGCUGGUCCCAACACCAACGGCUCCCAGUUCUUCAUUUGCACUGUCAAGACCAGUUGGUUGGAUGGUCGCCAUGUGGUGUUUGGCAAGGUGCUGGAGGGGAUGGACGUGGUGUACAAGGUAGAGGCUGAGGGUACACAGAGCGGCACCCCCAAGGCCACUGUCACCAUUGCUGACAGUGGUGAGAUUUCCAUGUGA